UUUGAUUUAUUUAAAAAGUUUUUAUGUAUUCGCCUAACUGUCACUGUUUCAGAUGAAGUUACGUUUUUUAUGUUGCCUAUACUUGUUCACAACUGUGUAUGGAGCAGACAAAACUUCCGGUAUAUCUCAGUUUUGGACGGAGGACUUCAAAGUAUUCGACCAAAUCUAUGGCAGGACAUCAGACAGAGAUCUUUAUGGUGAAAAACUUCCACCAACUGUUACCUACAACGUUGACAUCACCAAACCAAUACAGCUGACAGACAAAAAAGAAAUAUACACCAAGGAAAAACUUAAUCCAUUAGUUUAUGGUGACUUCAAUAACCCAAACAUUGUAAAUUACGUCUACACGAAGAAAAAACCGGCUUUACAAUUCAUCAGUCUGUCAAAUUUGAAGUCGAUCAGCGAGUCGAACGAUCCCGAAACAUAUAAUUAUCUGAAACAUUUGGAGGAAAUGAGUAAAAAAAACGGAGUUCCACAUAAAAAUACGAUCCACAAUGACUCAGACGCGGAGGCUGAUGAGGCUUACAGAAGCAUUCAAGAAAUUUUGGACGCCCAUGAAGCGAAUAAACAGGAAUCUAAUGAUUCCGACGAAGAGAGAUCCACAGCUAAGGCACAAAAGGACGAUUUAAAAUAUUUAAGAGGCAGGAAUAGGAAUAAGGUGAGGCAGAUAAAUGGCAACAGUUUGAAGUCACGACAAGCCACCAGGUUCAGGAAGUCACCGUCCACUGUCCACGUGGCCUCCAGACCAUAUUUGAGGAAAAUACGCUACCAUUACACCAGCUAAGACGUCCUACAUCCGCCCUUGUUUUAUUUACAUAAGUAUUUAUUAAUGACCAUAUUUAUUCAUGGUAAAUAACCAUAGAUAUCUCCUAUUAUAACAAAUUAUAUUAAGUGUACACUAAUGUAAUGUACAAUUAUUUUAUGACUAGCUUUGUAGGAGUUGUUUUUGUUAUUUAAUUUAUUUGAUUUGUU